UCCCUCUCACUCGUUGGCUUAUUUGUCAUCGAUUUUCACGAAGAGCGAGAGAAAAUUGUCAUCAAGUGCGGAGGAAAAUUUGUCGACGUGCUUUUGGGAAGAGUUUUUCCUCCUUAUUUAUCACGAAUUAACCCGUGUGUGGGUGUAAUCCUGGUGCAAGAGGGAAUCCUUUAAGAAUUUGUGGACAAGUGUGGGUGCUUUGUGGCUUUGUGUGCAUUGUAGUCAAAGAGAAAAGGGAACUCUGUGAAAAUGUCGGGGAAUAUGGGUAUGGAGCAACUCAUCCCCAUUGUGAACAAGCUCCAGGAUGCAUUCACUCAGCUUGGGGUGCAUAUGCAGCUGGAUCUGCCCCAGAUUGCCGUUGUGGGUGGUCAAUCGGCCGGGAAGAGUUCAGUGUUGGAGAAUUUUGUUGGGAAGGAUUUCCUGCCGCGUGGAUCGGGUAUCGUAACGAGGCGCCCGUUGAUCCUUCAGCUAAUCAAUGGGCAGGCGGAAUUCGGGGAGUUCCUGCACUGCAAAGGGAAGAAAUUUACGGAUUUUGAUGAGAUCCGGAAGGAGAUUGAGGGUGAAACUGAUCGUAUUACGGGCAGUAACAAAGGAAUUUCAAACAUUCCCAUCAAUUUGCGCGUCUAUUCGCCCAACGUGCUCAACUUGACGCUGAUUGACUUGCCGGGGCUGACAAAGGUCCCCAUUGGUGACCAACCGGCCGACAUUGAGGCCCAAAUUAAGGCGAUGAUUUUCCAGUUCAUCAAGAAGGAGACCUGCCUCAUUCUGGCCGUAACACCCGCAAAUACGGACUUGGCCAAUUCGGACGCCCUCAAGCUGGCCAAGGAGGUCGAUCCUCAAGGUAUUCGUACAAUUGGUGUAAUCACCAAGCUGGACUUGAUGGACGACGGGACGGAUGCACGAGAUAUUUUGGAGAAUAAACUCCUUCCGCUCCGUCGUGGCUACAUUGGUGUGGUGAAUCGUUCGCAGAAGGAUAUUGAGGGGCGCAAAGACAUUGUUGCGGCUCUUGCGGCUGAGAGAAAGUUCUUCCUGAGCCAUCCAUCGUACAGGCAUAUUGCUGAUCGCCUUGGGACACCCUAUUUGCAGCGUACGCUCAAUCAGCAACUCACGAAUCACAUUCGUGACACGCUGCCGGGUUUGCGGGAUAAAUUGCAAAAACAAAUGCUGACCCUUGAAAAGGAUGUGGAGCAGUACAAACACUUCCGACCCGAUGAUCCGAGUAUCAAGACAAAGGCAAUGCUGCAGAUGAUUCAGCAACUGCAAUCGGACUUUGAGCGUACCAUUGAGGGUUCUGGGUCGGCACUUGUUAACACAAAUGAACUCUCUGGUGGUGCAAAGAUCAAUCGAAUCUUUCACGAGAGGUUGCGCUUUGAAAUUGUGAAGAUGUCAUGCGAUGAGAAGGAACUUCGCAGGGAGAUUUCUUUUGCAAUUCGCAACAUUCACGGUAUCCGUGUGGGGCUCUUUACGCCCGAUAUGGCCUUUGAGGCUAUUGUCAAGAAGCAAAUUGCCCAAUUGAAGGAGCCGGUGCUCAAAUGUGUCGAUCUAGUCGUGCAAGAGUUGUCUCAUGUGGUGAGAAUUUGCACUGAUAAGAUGUCAAGAUAUCCGCGCCUACGCGACGAGACAGAACGCAUAAUUACAACCCACAUUCGCCAGCGUGAGCAGUAUUGCAAGGAGCAACUUCUCCUUCUCAUUGAUUUUGAGCUGGCUUACAUGAAUACCAAUCAUGAGGAUUUCAUUGGAUUCGCCAAUGCUCAAAAUAAAUCCGAAAAUGCCUCCAAGGCGGGCACUGGGAGAGCCAUUGGGAAUCAGGUCAUCCGCAAAGGCCACAUGUGUAUCCAGAAUUUGGGCAUAAUGAAGGGUGGUUCCCGGCCCUAUUGGUUUGUUCUCACAUCGGAGAGCAUCUCGUGGUACAAGGAUGAAGAUGAGAAGGAGAAGAAGUUCAUGUUGCCCCUCGAUGGGCUGAAAUUGCGGGACAUUGAACAGGGUUUCAUGUCGCGACGCCACACUUUUGCCCUCUUCAAUCCCGAAGGACGCAACGUCUACAAGGACUACAAGCAAUUGGAGCUCUCAUGUGAGAGUGUUGACGAUGUGGAUUCGUGGAAAGCAUCAUUCCUCCGUGCUGGGGUGUAUCCUGAGAAGGAUUCUUCAUCGGCAAAUGGAGAUGAAGGAGAAGGACAAGAGAGUUCUGAGGAUCACGAGACAAGCUCACUGGAUCCCCAGCUUGAGCGUCAAGUGGAAACGAUAAGAAACCUUGUGGAUUCGUACAUGAAAAUUGUUACGAAGACAACACGUGAUAUGGUACCAAAAGCCCUAAUGAUGAUGAUAAUAAACAAUGCAAAAGACUUCAUCAAUGGGGAAUUGUUGGCGCAUUUGUAUGCCAAUGCGGAUCAGUCGCAAAUGAUGGAGGAGAGCCCCGAGGAGGCGGCAAAGCGCGAAGAAAUGCUCAGGAUGUACCAUGCGUGCAAGGAGUCACUGAGAAUAAUUGGGGAUGUAUCAAUGGCGACUGUAUCAACGCCAGUCCCGCCGCCAGUUAAGAAUGAUUGGCUCUCGAGUGGACUCGAUAAUCCACGUCUCUCCCCUCCGAGUCCCGGAGGACCCAGAAAGGUCGUGCCACAGCAGCAGGGCUCUCUGGGAGGUGUUGGAGGUGGUGGCCCUCCGGGUGGCAUUCGCGGACCUCAUCCACCAGCUGGCAGGCCAGCCCCUGCCAUUCCAAAUCGGCCCGGUGGUGCUCCACCACUACCACAAGGCCGACCAAGCGGCCAGGCGCUUCCUGCUCCACUAAUUCCAUCUCGACCUGGAGGUGGCUCGAGCGGAGGACCACAAAUUCCUGCCCAUAUGCGUCAGCAGGUUAAUCAAGCCGUUGGUCAGGCUGUCACCAAUGCGGCCAUGAGUGAACUUUCCAGCGUCUUUUCCAGCAAAUUCAAGUAAAAAAAGAAAGAGCUAGAAAUGAAAGAAAUUGCGAAAUUUCAACGCAAAUGUUGCAUCGUUGCAUGAAACACAAAAACAAACACUGAAACACAUGUUUAUAGAUUUAGAGAGAAAUUACUGAAGAAACAAAAUGGCGCCAAGAAGAGGGACGAAAUUAUUUCUUUGCAAAUUGAUUCUUCUUUCAAAGUCUUUUUGUUCUCUUCAAAGUUCUUUUCUUUUUGUAUUAUUGAACGGGUGCGAUGGUGAAAGUGUGUGCGUUAGAAUGAUUUUACAUUGAAUUUUCUUUAUUUAUAGUUUAAAAAAAAUUGAGAAACACGAAAGAAACAUGCAUGAAACAGAUGAAAACAUAACACACUAUUUUCCCAUUUUUUUUUGUUUAUAAAAAUAUGGGAAAAUUAACAAAAAACAAAAACAAUUAAUUUUGAAUUAAAUAGAAAAAAAGAAAAAUUAUUAAACAAAAGUAUAAACGUUCCAAUAUUAUUAAAUAUUAAUGAAUUAUUAUUAUAAAUUAGAUGAAGAAAAAAAGAAGAAAAGUUGUUAAUUAAUAAAUAGAAGUAAAAUGAGAAAAUAAAAGGAAUUUUUGCAAUAUUUCGUAAUAAAUUAUUUUAAAUUUUACAUUUAAUGAAAAAAAGCGUCUCUCGGUUUUUGUUUAUGAAAAGCAACAGAAGAGGGUGGUUCCUUUUGUCACAUUCAUUUCUUUUUAAAAAUAAAUUUCAUACCAAAGUUUAAGUGAGAUUUCUUUUUUUUACCUUCAUUUUUAUAUAUAAAUUUAAAGAAAAAAACAUUAAAAACAUUUAUUUACUUGAUUGUUUUUUUUCUAUCAUUUAUAGAUUUUAUUUCAUAAUAAAUUGUGAAGAAAAAAAAUUCCAAUGAAUGGCUUUUAGCUCGCAUGUGGAUCUUGCAAAAAAAAAUCGUGUUUUUUGAAAAUUAUUUGCACAAAAAAAUAAAUGUAAAGCUAGUUGAAAAAGAGUUGCUAAAAAAAUAUAUUUUCCGAGUACUUUCAGAGUAGUUUUUUGCGAGAUAAAUCACGCAGAUUUAUUGAAUGUUAGUAAUCCUAUCAAAAGCAUAGAAGAAGCAUAAAUUAACAAAGAAAAAAAUUGAAGAAGUAAAAUGUAAAUUAAGUUGGUGAAAAAAAAAAUAUCGGAAUUACCAUUCAAUUUUCAAAAAAAAAAAAAUUAUAUUGGUGUCUAAUUGUAAAAUGGAGAAGAAUUCUUGUUGUUCCCACACAAAGAGAGAGAGAAAUGGAGUAUAUGGACAUCCCAUUGCACAAAGACCACGAAAAAAAUACCCUCAUAUCAUUGCUGGGGAGGAAAAUGAUUUUUCAGGAGUUCUUUUAGAAUUAAAUUGAAGGAAAUUUUGAUAAAAACAAAAUAUUCUUUUAAUUAAUUGAGUUUAAACAUUUCUUGACGAUUUUUUGGUUAUUUAAAAAAAAAACGUUAUUUUCUUUAAAAAUUGUUUUUUUUUAAAUAUUUCUUUUAGAAGAAAUUAAUAAAAAGAAAAGAAAAAAUAUUCUUUUAAUUAAUUUUAUUUCAAGAGAAUAUUUUAAACAUUUCUGACGAUUUUUUGGUUAUUUUUCAAAAUAAAAUGUUUUUUUUUAAAUAAUUUUUUCUUUUAUAGAACAAAUUAAUAACAAAAAAGAAAAAAAAUUAAUUCAAUUUAAUUUUAGAAAUGAAAAUCUUACAUUUUUUGACGAUUUUUUGGUUAUUUUUCAAAAUAAAACGUUCUUUUCUUUAAAAAAUUGUUUUUUUUUUAAAUAUUUCUUUUAAAAACAAAUUAAUAAAAAGAUAAAUAUUCUUUUAAUUAAUUUGAUUUUAGGAAAACAGUUUUAGUAUUUCUUUAACGAUUUUUUGGGGUAGUUUUUCAAAAUAAAAUAUUCUUUUUAAAAAUAUUAGUUUUUUUUUAAAUAUAUCUUAUAGAACAAAUUGUUACAAUAGAAAAGAAAAGAAAAAUAUUAUUUUUAAAUAAUUUGAUUUUAGGAGAAUAAUUUUAAACAUUUCUUGACGAUUUUUUCGUUAUUUUUCAAAAUAAAAUUUUCUCUUAUAAGAAAAAGUUUUUUUUAAGUUUCUUAUAGAACAAAUAAUUAAAAAUAAAAAAGAAAAAUAUUGAUUUAGAAGAAUAAUUCUUAAUUUUCCUUACUUUUCUGACGUUAAGGGUUUGUUUUUAAGGCUUCCUCUGACGAACACCGGAUGCCUUAAAAAUAAUAAAUCUUAAUUUUUUUUUAAACGAUUUGUGAGACAUUUUUCAAUUUUUUCUUGAAAAUUAUUUUAUAAUAAAAACAAAAAUGUUCUUAUAAUCGCGUAAUAAAAUAUUCGGAAUAAUCUUGUAAGUAUUCCAUAAAAUAAUAAUACGAUAAUAAUCGAAAAGAAUUUGUUGAUCCUCGUAAAAUCUUUUCAAUAUUCGAAAAAAAAACUUAAAUUCAAUUUAAAAGAAUUUCUUUGAAAAAUCAUUCUCUCUUCAACGAGAAUUAAAUUUUAGCGACAUUGCAAUUUGUAAAUAAAACUCAAAUAAAAAUCAACUUUUCAUUUUGCAAAAUGAAAUAAAUUUAAAACUCUUUUUAAAAUGGAAAUAAAUUUAGUAAAUCCUUCCUUGUUGAGUUUACUUUAUUUUCUUGUUCUCUUAGCAAAAUAAAUCAACGAAUUUCAUCAAAACUUUCUCCUUUUUGUUGGCAUUUUUCUUUUUCAUUCCUUAUUCCCCCCUCCAAGAUUUCUUGUAAAAAACACAAAAAUUAUAAAUUUAAUGAAAAAAAGAAAUAUUCUGUGGAAAAAAAAUGAAAGAAAAACAGAAAUAUAGGAAUACACAUCCCCCCUUCCUCCCUAAAAAAAAACUUUAGAAUAAGAUCUUAGAAAGAGAAAGAAAAAUGAGCAGAAAAAGUAAUAAAAACAAAAAAAAAACAUGACAAAGAGAAAAAAGCAUUGGAGUGUGUAUAAAGUGGAAAAAAUAGCUUAAAAAAAGUGGAAGAAAGAAAAAAUUGAAAUGUGAGAGCGCAAAAACUCAUGGAAAAAUACCCCCAUAAGAAGAGAUAUAAUUAAAUUAAAUUAAUUAUAUAUAUUUCUGCUUACAGAGGAAAACAAAAAAAAACAAUAUAUAACUUUGUUGCUGAUAAAUGAAAAAAAAAAAAAACAAAAAACAUGUAAGAGACAUUGUUAGUAGAAAUAAAAAUAAUAAAGAUAUAAAAUAGAAAAA